UGUGCCGGCGCCCGGGGGAAAUAUUUUGGAAAUAGCACGGAGCGGUCCGAGGAGGACGAGCGGCGGCACCCCGUUUCACCAGCUGAGAGGAGGUCGCCCGGCGGUCGUGUACAGGCAAACUGUUUUGCCAUAUGAAACCAACAGGAAAUUGUAACCCAAAACAAAUAUCACUUGCUGUGUCAUAGCACAUGGAUUUCAGGACCGCCUGCGAAGAGACAAAGACAGGGAUUUGUUUGCUGCAGGAUGGUAACCAGGAGCCUUUCAAAGUGCGACUGCACUUAGCCAAAGAUAUAUUGAUGAUCCAGGAGCAGGAUGUGAUCUGUGUGUCUGGUGAGCCUUUCUAUUCUGGUGAAAGGACAGUCACAAUUAGAAGACAAACUGUAGGAGGAUUUGGAUUAAGUAUAAAGGGUGGAGCAGAACAUAAUAUUCCAGUGGUCAUUUCUAAGAUUUCCAAAGAACAACGAGCUGAACUUUCAGGUUUGCUCUUUAUAGGAGAUGCAAUUCUGCAGAUUAAUGGAAUUAAUGUGAGAAAAUGCAGGCAUGAAGAAGUGGUUCAGGUCCUUCGCAAUGCGGGGGAAGAAGUGACCCUAACUGUGUCCUUUUUGAAAAGAGCACCUGCUUUUCUCAAACUGCCAUUGAAUGAAGAUUGUGCAUGUGCCCCCAGUGACCAGAGCAGUGGCACUUCCUCUCCCCUGUGUGACAGUGGUUUGCAUCUCAACUACCAUCCCAACAACACGGAUACAUUAUCAUGUUCCUCAUGGCCAACAUCCCCAGGACUUAGAUGGGAAAAAAGGUGGUGUGAUCUCCGAUUAAUUCCACUUCUUCAUUCACGAUUUUCCCAGUACCUUCCAGGAUCAGAUUUGUGCAGGCAAAAUGCGUUCCAAGUAAUUGCUGUGGAUGGGGUUUGCAGUGGAAUAAUUCAGUGUCUCUCUGCUGAAGACUGUAUUGACUGGCUACAAGCAAUAGCAAGUAACAUUUCCAACCUCACAAAGCACAAUAUUAAAAAAAUCAACAGGAAUUUCCCCGUAAACCAGCAGAUAGUCUACAUGGGCUGGACGGAAGAACGGGAACAAGACUCCCUUCAGGAUCGAAUGUAUACACCAAAGUUUUUAGCACUGAGGGGAUCUUCUCUGUAUAAAUUUAUGGCACCUCCAGUCACAACCUGGGAUUGGACACGAGCUGAGAAAACAUUUUCAGUCUAUGAGAUAAUGUGCAAAAUUUUCAAGGACAGUGAUCUACUGGACCGGCGGAAACAUUGUUUUGGUGUCCAAUCUGAAUCUGGAGAAGAUCUUUACUUUUCCGUGGAGUUAGAGUCUGACCUAGCACUAUGGGAAAAAGCAUUCCAGACAGCAACUUUCUUAGAAGUUGAACGGAUACAGUGCAAGACAUAUGCCUGCGUUUUGGAGAGCCAUCUCAUGGGGCUUACCAUUGACUUUAGCGCAGGCUUUGUCUGUUUCGACGCUGCAACAAAGGCUGUACUUUGGAGGUACAAAUUUUCCCAGCUCAAAGGUUCUUCAGAUGAUGGGAAGAGCAAAAUCAAAUUCCUUUUCCAAAACCCAGAUAAUAAACAAAUUGAAGCAAAGGAGCUGGAGUUUUCCAACCUGUUUGCAGUCCUUCAUUGUAUCCAUUCGUUCUUUGCAGCCAAAGUGGCUUGUUUGGACCCUUUGUACGUAGGCAGUCAAGCAACAGCUUCUGCUGCUCCCACAACUUCUGGUACUGGCAAAUUAAAGUAUACAACUUGAUAUCUCACAUUACAGCACUGCCAUUUAUCAAAAAGACUUAAUGUAUAGAUAUUCAUAAGAUGUGAAACUGGUGAACCUGUACAUGGAAACCAAUUCUGGAGACAAGACAUCUUGCAGCGUCAGCAGAUAGAUGGUCACGUGGGAUCAUAAACUCAUUUCUGUUCUGCAAGACACCAGUAAAUAAUCCUCGCAGAAUCCCCAGAAUAGGAUGGAUAUGCUUUUAGUAUGAUCUAUUUGUACUUAUUUAGUGCUUUAACCAACACUGGAAGCAAAGGAAUAAAUGAUGCAAUGAGGCAUUUCGGUAUUUAAUAAAAUUUUCAAAUUGCUGUAAUAACACACAAAAAGAAUUGUCAUUUUCCUGUUUUCAAAUGUUUUUAUGACAAUAUGCUAAACUCUGAGUAUGAACCUAGUACCCAAUGAUUAUAUUAUAAAUUACAUAAGAGAAAGCGACAAGCAUUUAGUACAUAAUGAUGAGGAGAUGAGCAUGAAAAGACAUUUGUGUAAGUAUUUCUUCAAAUAAGAAAGCACUUUAAGCACCGUUGUAAUCCAUAAUUAUUUCCAUACAUGGAGUCAUGGUACUUUUUCUAUUUUGUUCUUUUAGCAUUAGCAACAAAUAUAUAGCCAUAUUGACUGACACAGUUCAAAACAAAAACCCUACAACCCCACUUCCAUGAGUAAGUUCCUCUUCUUCAAUUAAAAAUAUUAUAAUAUUACUUUAAACGUAAUGACAAGUGAAAGUUCGUAAAAUAUCAUUUCUACUAUUUACUUCCUCAAUUUUUUGGAGAA